AUGUCCCUGCCACGCACUAUUAAGGAUUACUUCAAGCGACCUACCUUUGUCCAUAACUCGAGGCCAGCCUCCAAACAAAAUAUUCCCCCCGCACCUAACGAACCAUCGUCCUCGCCAUUAAGUGAUCCCCCCUCGGAUCUCCCAUCGCAGCUGCUGUCGUCGCAGCCAUUGCCCCAGUCCAGCUUAGAUCCACGACGAAAUGAAGCUGCGCUUGACUCUACCAGUAGAGCGAAUCGUCAGACUUCUGGUCAGGCGAAUCUCGCCAGCGACGCCGCCUUCCAGCCAAGCUCUUCCUUUGGUGGAAGCUUCCCUUCGUCACAACGGAUAAUAAAAAAUGGCAAGGAAAUCGUUGUUGACUCGGAUGCUGAAAGUGCGGACUCUGUCAGCUCUUUGGAAUCGGUUAGCGAUCUUUUGAAUCAAUUUCUCGACUCGUCGUCCUCUUCAAACUACAAAAGAGACCGAGAACCUUCAGCCUAUGACUCAACUACAUCGACACGAUUUCGGAUUUCAAAAUUCAAGGAUUCCCACAAGAGACCGACUUUGAACAUAAACCGAAAAAAGUACAAAUUCACAAUGGAAUCCCUAGUGACCCGCUCUGUGGAUGACAGUGAGGCUGAAGCUGGUGUGGCAAAAGCAAAGGCCCAGCUGGAAAACCAUGAGAAUGAUGUGUCUAAUAGCUCUGAAACUAGACCCGAUGCUUCUGGUCUUCGUGAGGAUGUUCUUGCAUCCGCGUUUGCUGCGGAACGGGAAGAAACAGAUAUCCAACGAUUGCUAAAUGCGGUUCGGCGUACAGAAGCUUUUGAGUUAGAAAAGUCUUGGUCGUUCUUUCAGGGAAAUUCCAAUCCUGAAAUUCCUGAGUUUCCGCGGAAUUCAAUCCUUCCAUCAUCCAGUGAGGCCUUUCUCAGAGAACCGGGCUCCCGUGAUAGGGCCUUCCAUUCAGGCAUAUUGGAUUUUGCCUUAUCUAGAGGGCUUCUCCCCGACGAAGUUCUGCUAUGGAUUCUUCAAUCAGUUCCAGUAGAGCCUCGGGAUGACUUGCGAUAUGCUUAUUGUAGAUCACUAAAGCAAGUCGGACGUGAACGUGUCGAAUCGCUCGUCCAGCCAGAAGAUAUUGAGAGUGUUUUUCAAUGGCUGGGGGGGGGCCCAACAGCUGUAAAUAUAUCCAAGCCAAUUCUUCCAGAAUAUUCCCAGGAUCAUGGAUAUUCCAACCGCGACUGGAAAUACCUUCUUUCGGUCCUCGAGCUACUGAGAGAUAUCACUUGCGAUUUAAAUGACGAAACCCGAAGGCAUACUUUAUGUCUUCUAUUCCGCCUAGCACUUGACACAUCUCUGAACACAAAUAGUAUCAUUUCCUCAACUCUAGAAACGGCAAUAGAUGGGGUACUGCAAAGUAUCUCGCUGGAAAGUUUCGACCAUCUAAUGAGACCUGUUGCCGAAUCCACUUUCCAAACAGUCAGGGAUAUAACUCUUCAAAGUCAAUUACUUAAACGUAUCCUACCCACAAACCCCAGAAUCUCAUUAUUCAGGGCCAGGUUGGCGGUCUCUUUUUUGCUCGACGACAUCACUGUUCUCAAAGAAUCGUCCACAGAUAUUCUUAAUAUCAAACGAAUAAUCCACUACUUACAACACGCACGCUUUGAGUCCAAACUGCUUAGAGUCCAAACGGCAAAUAAUUAUGACUACUCCGAACUCAAUGCAACCACGUCCCUUUUGAAUAUUGCCAUCGAUAUUGGUCGGAUGUCAGCCGAUUUCUCCAGCAAGGAAGCCGAAAGUCAAUUUAAUGCUGAUGUUGAUGCUCUAGCUGAGGGGGUGAAACGAAUAUUCAGUGCUAUCAAAGAUUCAGGUGCCUCUCACCUAAAGCGAACUGAAGCUAAGCAGAGCCUUGAGGCUCUAUAUUACAGAAUCGUAUUUUCGGUUCGGUCCAAAUCUCGAUUGAAAUCAUAUUUCCUAGCAAAUGGCGAACGUGAAACGAGAAAUGUCCAAAAUAAUGUGCGAGAUUAUGUUACAAGGCCAAGCGAAACUAACGCAAACGAUACCAAGAUACAAAAUAACGAGUGA